AUAACAAAUCAUGUAGUUUUUAUUUUAUAGAUUAAAACAAAUAUCCGAUCCGCUCAAGAAAAAAGAAAAAAAGAAAACCUGAUAGGUGAACAGAGAACACGUGCAAUAUAUCUAAAAGAUGACCAACUAAACUUAACGGGUCCCACUCUGAGAUUAACGGUAGAUGAAAUCACGAACUUGCGACGGGUUUUGGGAAUCGAGAGUGGCACUGGGUACAAAAUUAGAGAAGCUGUGUUCCUCCAGCGAAGUUGGAACAGAGAGAGAGAGACAGAGAGAGAGAGAGAGAGAGAGAGAGGGAGGGAAAGAGAUGGCAAACUGGAAUUCUGUUCCUCUGGAAAUCACUUAUGAAACCUUUGGAUGGAUCGCCUUCUUUUCAUGGUCGAUUAGUUUCUACCCUCAAGUCAUCUUAAAUUUUCGUCGCAGAAGUGUGGUAGGAUUGAACUUUGACUUUGUGGUGUUGAAUUUGACGAAGCACUCCUCUUAUCUGAUUUACAAUGCUUCUCUUUACUUUAGCUCUGCUAUACAGAAACAGUAUUUUCAAAAAUAUGGCUAUGGAGAGAUGAUACCUGUAGCUGCAAAUGAUGUUGCUUUUUCGACACAUGCUGUCCUGUUGACAGCAAUUACAUUAUUCCAAAUUGCAAUAUAUGAUCGGGGAAAUCAGAAGGUCUCUAAGCUUUCUAUAGCAAUUGUCUGUGCUGUGUGGUUAGUAGCAGCUAUCUGCUUUUUUAUAGCACUGCCUAGCCACUCCUGGUUGUGGCUGAUCUCCAUCUUCAAUUCAAUACAAGUUUUCAUGACAGUCAUCAAGUAUAUUCCACAGGCGAUAUUUAACUUUAUGAGAAAGAGCACUAUUGGAUUUAGCAUUGAGAACAUUUUGCUUGAUUUUCUUGGAGGAGUGACAAAUUAUGCCCAGAUGGCUGUGCAGUCUAUAGACCAAAAUUCUUGGGUGAACUUUUAUGGCAACAUAGGGAAGACAUUGCUGUCUCUGGUCUCUGUAUUCUUUGACCUUCUUUUCAUGUGUCAACAUUAUAUCUUAUACCCUGAAAGGAAAGCGCAUGCCUCUUCCAAGAUCAGUAAAGAGGGCGCAGAGCCAUUUAUUAAGUCAUCCGAUGACUCGUCAUCAGAAAAUGUAUAAGGCACAGCAUGCAUCAUUAUGUUAAGAAACAUAUAAUUUGUAUAAAGAUAGUCAAUCUAGAUGCUGUUUUUAUUUUCGGUUGUAUUUGCUUAUUGUAUAAUAACAAUGCAUCCUGAAGCAUAUCCUAUUGUAAGUAAUCACUGUAGAACUGUAAGAGCUACUUCUUCAAAAGCAAUUGAAAGUGAUUGUUUUACUUUAA